AUGGCGAUAAAGCGGAUCCUCGCAGAGCCAGGCGAUCUCAGUCCGCUUUUCAUAGUACCUACUUCUGCCAGAACCAAUUACCGCAUAGACUCGGGCUACGUUGACCACAAUACCUGGGGCCUGAGUGCUCGAGGAAAGCUACACGCCUACACGAUCAUUCGAGAAGGCAUCCACGGUCUAAAAAGUGUCGUCAUCUCAGCUGAGGAGAUUACAAUAUUCCGAUACGUAAGACGCUUCGAUUAG